UUGUCAUCAUUAUUAUUAUUCCUCGCUCUAUGCUCAAAAUUUUCAACGACGGCACAAUUGGAACGUAGACAAAUUAGCGCGCUGCCGUGUUGGAAGCGGCAAGCGGAGGUCGUAGGCUCGAGCCCGGCCAAAUCAAGGAGCAUCAGUUGAUCCUUUGCCAGUAUCAAAUGCACGCUCUGAACGACGAGAUCGUGGCUUCUGGAAGCUUCUACAAUUUCUUACUGUGUUGUGAUUUCAUUGCAGACGAACAAAUCUAGAUCAGUAUUUUCCAAGCAAAAAAAAACAAAAAUUUCAAGGCGUGUAUUGCAUCAGCAGUUUGGCAAAAUAUAACGAGGUCUGUGUUUCUUUUUUUGUUACUUCUUUUUUGAUGAAGGGAAUACUGGACCGUAGAAUGGGAGCAGGGAGUGGAAGUAAUUCAGGGUUAAGGAUAGAAGAAGAACAUAGGGCGUUAAUGGUGGUCUAGGGUUUGAGGAUUUAGGGUUUGAAGAUCGGAAUAUUUGGUGCUUAAAAAAUGCUCCUGGAUUAGGUUUUGGAAAUAAUGGAAUGAAAUGCUUUUGUCAACUGUUUACGAGACCAAAAUAUUGACGAGCCUUUAAAGUCAAAGUAACGUGUGAGGUAAAAUUGGAGUGGACGAAGAGUGUUUAAAUUCAGCGAGCUCGAAUUUGUAGCCUCAGAGGUUUGCUUCCGGGUGUGGACGUUCUGUUAUUAAUUUUUAGUAGAAAUUACGUUGUGCAGCUGCGAGCAUUGGGACAUCGAAUGAAAUUUUAAGAUGCCAUAAAUGUCCUAAGGCUAUAGAUGAGGGAUGGGGUGCAUAUUUGCGAAGCAGCCGGUUCCGGCUGACGUCCCCUCGGCAGGGAAUUAUAAUUCUGCAAGUUCUCCUCCUCCCAAGGAAAGUUUUUCUGCUUCUUACUUGUCGUCUGGAAGAAAGACUAAUGUUUCUGUUACAAAGAUAGAGAAGAACACCGCCGACGCGGCCUCUAAUGGAGUGGAAGAGGUAAAGGAGGUGAUCAAGGUGAAGAGCAAGCACAAUGGGAAUAGUCAUGGGAGUGCAGAUGGUGAGACGCAUGGGGUUCGAGAGAGGAGGAGAGAGAAGCCAAAUCCGAGACUGAGCAAUCCACCUAAGCAUAUUCUUGGAGAGCAGGUUGCGGCAGGGUGGCCUUCCUGGCUGUCAGCAGUGGCGGGAGAGGCAAUCAAAGGGUGGACUCCACGCCGGGCUGAUACAUUUGAGAAGCUUGAUAAAAUUGGACAAGGAACAUAUAGUAAUGUUUAUAAAGCUCGAGAUAUUGUUUCUGGAAAAAUUGUUGCCCUAAAGAAGGUUCGCUUUGACAAUUUGGAACCUGAGAGUGUAAAGUUUAUGGCUAGGGAGAUUUUGGUAUUACGACGCCUUGAUCAUCCUAAUGUAGUGAAGCUGGAGGGGUUGGUAACUUCAAGAAUGUCUUGUAGUUUGUAUCUUGUAUUUGAGUACAUGGAGCAUGAUCUUGCAGGUCUUGCAGCUUCUCCUGGAAUCAACUUUACCGAGCCACAGGUGAAAUGCUAUGUAAAUCAGCUGCUUUCAGGACUUGAACAUUGUCACAACCGAGGCGUCUUGCAUCGGGAUAUUAAAGGCUCAAAUUUGCUUCUUGAUAAUGGAGGUGUCUUAAAAAUUGCUGAUUUUGGACUUGCAGCAUUUUUCAAUCCUGAUCACAAGCAGCCUAUGACUAGCCGAGUUGUUACACUUUGGUAUCGUCCUCCAGAACUUUUGUUAGGGGCUACAGAUUAUGGUGUAGGUGUUGAUCUCUGGAGUGCAGGUUGCAUACUUGCUGAGCUCCUUGCAGGCAAGCCAAUAAUGCCUGGACGUACAGAGGUGGAGCAGUUGCAUAAGAUUUUUAAGCUUUGUGGGUCACCGUCAGAGGAAUAUUGGAAAAAGUCAAAAUUGCCGCAUGCAACCAUUUUCAAGCCACAACAACCGUAUAAACGUUGUAUAGCUGAGAAUUUUAAAGAUUUCCCACCGUCAUCGUUACCACUUAUUGAGACCCUCCUUGCCAUUGAUCCAGCUGAGCGUGCCACAGCUUCUGCAGCAUUGAAGAGUGAAUUCUUUACUACCGAGCCUUAUGCUUGUGAUCCGGCAAGCUUGCCUCAGUAUCCUCCAAGCAAGGAAAUGGAUGCAAAAAUGCGUGAUGAAGAAGCUAGAAGGCAAAGGGCAGCUGGUGGAAAAGUUCACGCAAGUGAUAGAACAAAGAAGACACGCAUCCGUGACCGGGUAGGCAGGGCAGUUCCUGCUCCUGAUGCAAAUGCAGAAAUGCAUACAAAUUUACAA